AUGUGGUUGCUCCACAUAGACGACGACCAAGAGAAUCGAGUGCCAGCGACCGUUCAAGUUUCCAGCAACAGGAGGAAGAAAUCACCUCGAAGCCCACAGAAUUCUUUUGAAGAUUUGGUGACCAUGGGGAACACCCGUAACAGUAGUAAGAAGAGAGCUGCACGAGACAAGCAGGCCCAGAAGAUGGCGAAGAAGGCCCGUUCGAAAGAAAAUCCCACCCAAGAGGCCCAAGGAGAUUCUAAGCCUGCGGCCAAAGAUACAACGUUCACUUUUGCCCAGGUGGCCCAGUUGGUCAAGAGUGGUGGGCAACUUGCCCAGAAAAAGGAGACCCAAGCCAACAUUGAAGAUUUUGUUAAGCAAGAAUAUUGGCGCAGGGUCAAGUUUAUCACCAACGACGCAGGUGCCAUUAAAGGCUGCCAUGCCUACUUGAACCAUCAUCAGAAGUUGAUGGGCGAUGACGAUGCCGCGGAGCGCCAUGCUUUUUGUGUCCUCUACAAGGACCAUUUUGUUGACUGCCUCAAUAAGCAGCGGGGAUAUGCCCAGAAUCGUGUGCGAGACGCCUGCUCGCAAUGGAUGCAAGCCCAUAAUGGUCAGAUGCCCCCCAAGGACGGACUGUCAGCGUUGCUCAGCAGGACUUGGAACCCCCCUGCACCCCUUGCAGACAAUGCCACUGACGACCAGAAAAAGAAGUGGGAGGCAGAGUGGGAUUUGGCAAUCUGGUAUUGGGACAGCUUAUUGGCAAAGGCCACAGGAAAUUCUCAGCAUUGGAACGAGGGCAUCCGCUACUACAAGACUAUUUCGACCGCUUGCAAGCCCCUAGACCCCAACUACCUCUUUAUGCAUACCACGACGGAGGCCAUUGCCCUUACAUUUGUCCGUAAUAACUACCGCAAGUGGGCCGCUAUGGAGGCCUUGAAACGCGCUAAUGCGGGCAAAAAGAUCAAAAUUAUGAAUGGAGCCGCUCCAACCGAUGUUGGCAAUGACCCAGUAGUGCAGGGCACUUUUGUCACAGUGUAUGAGGACAAUGGCAACAAGCUCGCCCGCGAGACGCCCCAAUCAUCGGCCAUGGAGGAAGCAAUUUUGGCCCAACUUCACAAUGUUCAUGGGCUAUUUGCCGAGUCUCAAGAGGAAGAGCGCAGGAUGAAGAGGCGCAAGAGCUCCAUCAUUGACAGCGCAUUCAUGGAGGAGAUUUCUGGCAUGGAGUCCUCUGAUGACGAGACUGAAGCUGCUGACGAGGACCAGCAAGGUGGUGGAUCUGACGAUGAUGAGUCGUCAUGUGCGCUUGCCGUUUAG